AUACUCGAACUGGAAGAAUUGUUUCCCCUGAGCUAUUCGGCCUCGCUGUGGUGACCGGCAAGAUGGAAGCCAUGUUAUCACGCACGGUGCAAGUAAUUUCACCGCAAUGCACCCAAGUGCGGGGCAUGGCAACACUGAAGGAUAUUCGUAUCCGACUCAAGUCCGUCACCAACAUUCAAAAGAUCACCAAGUCCAUGAAAAUGGUGUCAGCUGCCAAGUUCUCCCGUGCUGAGAGAGAGCUCCGUCCAGCGAGACCUUAUGGAUUAGGAGCUAAGGCUUUUUAUGAGAAGGCUGAGGUUGAACAGGAUGCAAACCAGCCGAACCACCUGAUCGUAGCUGUGACCUCUGAUAGAGGUCUCUGUGGUGGUAUCCACAGCAGUGUUGUAAAACACAUCCGUACAACACUUGCAGAGCAGAAACCAGGCAUUGACACCAAGAUUGUCUGUAUUGGAGAUAAAUCCAAAGCCAUGUUACAAAGGCAGUACCCUAACAAGAUAUUGUUGUCAUUCAAUGACAUUGGCAAGCGGCCCCCAGUGUUUGCAGAUGCUAGUUUGAUCGCCGGCUCCUUGUUGGAGUCUGGCUAUAAGUAUGAUCACGGAACAAUGAUCUUCAACAUCUUCAAGAGUGUGGUCUCCUACACAACAACCGAGCUGCCUCUCUUCUCUCUUGAUAGCGUCAGUGGUGCUGAGAAGCUCCACGUGUAUGACAGUCUGGAUGAAGAUGUAGUGCGCUCAUACAAUGAGUAUGCUCUCGCCAGCCUCCUCUACUAUGCCCUGAAGGAGGCCUCGUGUAGUGAGCAGAGCUCUCGUAUGACGGCUAUGGAUGCUGCCAGCAAGAAUGCAGGAGAAAUGAUUGACAAGCUGACCUUGACCUUCAACCGAACUAGACAGGCAGUGAUUACCAGGGAGUUGAUUGAAAUCAUCUCUGGUGCUUCUGCACUUUAAUAGUUGCUCGUUUUAGUCAUCAACAUUUGUACAUAAGCUACAAAUAGGACCAUUUACAGUCAGGAUGGGAGAGACGAGCGUUCAUCUCACCCGACUGGCCUCGACAUCAUUGAGAGGCUUUGGGAAAAUCUGUUUAGUGCUGAGCAGUGCAGUUUUCGUCAGAAAGUUCGGUUUGCUGACCAGUCUGUAUUUGAAUGUUAACACACAAGAAAAUAAAUUAAUUUGUAUGUA